AUGAACAGAAGCUCGAGUCUAUUACAGGUGUGGCAAAAGCCAUCAUCAUCUAUACUGUUAAGGCGCUCAAUUUUCUAUGAAGGUUUAAUUUCUGUGCCCAAAAAGAUUAUAUACCCAACUUUCUGCUUCUGCAAGCAAAUGCAAACCACUGUCUAUGAAAAUGUGCAUGGAGGCUAUAUUACAACUGUAGUAACCAAACAAACAAGAGAAGUAAAGGAAAAAGCAAUAGCUCCAAUCAAAGCUAUCGGUGCAUUUCAGAAACUUCCAAUGGUGAUGCCAUCAUUCGAUAUCUUAUAUUCUUCGCUGAGGAAGGCAAAGAGGAUCCCACCCACAAAAGGUAUUGCUAACAAGGCAAAGCGCGAAAGAAAUAGAGGUGCCAAACAACUUGAUGCAUUAAUGAAGGAACUUGCCAUUCCAUUAAGGACGUACAAGGAAAGCUUCCCGGACAAAAGAAAUCUACAUCCAUAUGAACGAUCUCUGAUUGAGUUGACUUUUGGAGAAGGAAACUAUGAGGAGGUGUUGGGACAGGUUGAUGCUCUACGGAAGAAGGUGGUUUCAGUUGGAAAAGAACAUGCCUCGCUCUGUGCUAAGACUUUGCGGGCAAUGCCAGUGGUUGAUCUGGAAACGCCGACACUGUGUCUAGUUGGAGCUCCUAAUGUAGGAAAGUCAUCUUUGGUCCGUCUACUGUCAACAGGGAAGCCUGAGGUCUGCAAUUAUCCUUUCACAACUAAAGGGAUUCUGAUGGGUCAUAUAACUUUGAGCUACCAAAAUUUUCAGGUGACAGAUACACCUGGUCUCUUAAGGAGACAUGAUGAGGAUAGGAAUAACUUAGAAAAGUUGACACUUGCUGUCCUCUCUCAUUUGCCAACUGCUGUACUUUAUGUCCACGAUCUAUCUGGAGAAUGUGGGACUUCACCUUCUGAUCAGUUUGUCAUUUACAAGGAAAUACGGGAGAGAUUCCCCGAUCAUCUUUGGCUUGAUGUUGUCUCUAAAUGUGAUCUGCUUCAAGAGUCUCCUGUUGUCUUCAUCACGGAAGAUGGUAAUGUCAAUCAUCUGGAGCUGGCGAAGUAUCGUGAGGUGGGACCUGAUGGAGCUUUACGUGUAUCAGUUAAGAGUGAAGUUAGUAUUGAUGAGUUAAAACGUAGAGUACAUGAUCUGCUGCUUUCUCAGUCGAUGAGGAUCAAGAGCCAAAAGAACAAUAAAAAAAGUCUUGAAGUCCCGAGCUAG